GUUUAUAGUCCUGUAUACAGCAUCCGGUCAGUGACAGCGAACAGCAACAAAAGGCAAAGAACUUGACAUCAGUUCAGGUUGACUGACCAAUGUCUUGAAAAAUGUUGGUAGACUUCUGCAAUGGUCAGUUUGCUGCAAAUAUCACCUGUGACAAAGUUAGUGCUGACUAUUAUGAAGUGACCAAUCUGGUGUCUCAAGACUGGGCCAAACGAAGACGGGGAUUCCUUGCAGAGACUUUUAUAAAACCACCAGUUAUUAUCACUAUUGCAUUUCCAUGCAACAUAGAGUUGUUCCGCAUCAUAAUUGACCCCAAAGUUGGACGACAGAUAUCAAGUGGCAUAGAAAUAUUUACCUGCUCUAAAAAAGUAGACCAUUGUUGGCUAAAUGGAGUGUCGGAACAGUCUACCAGCUGUGACUCAGGGAUGAAAUCUGCCAGCAUGAUGUACCAGCAAGUUGGGAAAGCUGUGAUGCAAGAUCCAGGGAUGUUGUGCUUCAGUAAUGCUCAAUACCGUCCUUUUGGUGAAUGGCAUCCAGAAAAUACUGUGCCUGCUUCAAGUGCUUUUCAAAAUGCACGAGAUUUAAGACAUCAUAAACUGUCAUCUUUGAGUUUCGUGAGCCACCUUUCUGUGAGGGUGUCCAGAACAAUCAAUGGGAGUGCUGUUGGUAUACAACGUCUGGAGAUUUGGGGCCAACCAUCCCGCUCCAGUCGGGUAGACAUCACCAAUAGAAUAAAGGCCUUAUACCUCUCUUCAGUGCCUUCCAAUGUAAAAAAUACUGAUUGUGUGGUGACCAGAAAAGGGGAAAAUCCUGUUGCUGACCAGAUCAAUGUGGAUGUAUACCAUGAAAAGGGAAUAGAGGUUCCCAAUGACUUUAUUGACAAAAUCACAUGGGACAUCAUGACAGUUCCAAUGCUGUUACCCUGUGGGGAAAACAUUGAUCAAUCAACUUUGGAGAAACAUAACAGUAAUGAAGCCUCCUGGGGCCGUCCCCCGAGUGAUCCUUACACAGGCAUACACUUCCACGGAAACAUCCAAGCCAUUCCUAAUACAUCACUUAAGACUAGAAUUGACGGAUUUGUUCUGACUCAUAGUGAUACCCUGGGACAUCUACCUCGUACAUUAGGGAAAAGUAGCACUUAUACCUCAAAGCUAGCAUUAGCUAGUAAGCUUGUGUCUCAAUCUAAGACACAUGAUAAUGUGCAGGAAAGUCGUAAAAUUCCUGAAAAUAAUAAAAGAACUGCAAGUGACAUUACUGAUAAUUCAGAGGUUUCAACCAGGGCGAAGCGAUUGAAGAAGUCUGUAACACACUGUGAUAGCAAAACAAGUGAAAUGAAAUUUAGCUCUGUUAAGUUGAUGACAAAUACUCAGCAAGAGCCUCCUAGUAGUACAAUGACAAAGCUUGGAGACAGGAGUGGGGAAACUUUUACUCAUGGGGACAGUCUGAAAUACAGUCUGGACUCGGCUCUUGCUUCAACUCUUGGGUCAUUGCCAUCAUUUACAAAAUUUUCAAGGACUUCUGCAAAAUAUCAAAGUUCCAUAAAUUCCAACUUGAUAGAUGUUUCCAGUAGUGAUAAAAUGUGUUGUAUGUGUAAAAAGGAUAGCAGUGUCAUGUACAGGGGUGCGUGUGAGCACCUUAUGUGUAGGACUUGUCUAACACACAGCACUGGCACUCUGACAUGUGCCACAUGUAGGGCUGUGUGGGAUCGAGGGGAGAUAACUAGAGUGCACACAUGAGGUAUGAACUGUUCACUUACAAUCAAUUCUUCAAUUUUUUCAAGCCAAGUGUUGGUAUUUCCCUUGUUUUGAAAUAAAAUAUAGAA